CUAACCUGACCCAACCUCCGGCGCCACUGUUUCGUUCCUCUCGCCGUCUCCCUCUCGCCGCCGCCGCCGCCGCCGUCAGAGAUGGGCCGUACUCCGGCGAACGGAAAGCGCUCACCGCCACCGCCUCCUCCUCCAGGCCGUUGCCACUUCUGGCUCCCAAGCAAGCGCCGCCACUGCGCCAACUCCUCCCUCCCGUCCUCGCAGUACUGCGGAAACCACCUACCCGAGUCCGCCUCUGGCGCCGGCAGCCGCGUCCCGUGCCCCGUCGACCCCUCCCACACGGUGCUCGAGGAGAAUCUGGAGGCGCACGUCGGAAAGUGUCCCCUGAAGAAGCAGGUCGCCGCGCUCGCCGCGCAGCCGUACUACUCCAAGGGCAUCAACUCCGGCGGAGCCGAGGCCGGCCGCGGCAUCACGUCGGCGGAGAAGCGUGCAGCCGUCUACAGGCUUACGGAGGAUGAGUUCCGGGGUCUGCUUGGUAAGAUCCGAUCGGUGCACGCGGCCGCCGCCGUGGCCAUGCGCGAGUCGUAUCUGAUCACCAGUGCUUGCGACAAAUGGAUGGGUGGGCAGGUCGAUAGGAAGGUGCCAUACCAAGAGAAGCAUGUCGCGCAGCAGGCGUCCAUUGUUGGGAACAUGGAGGAAUUUGACUUGCUGCGCAAGGGUAGCACUGAGGUGGUCGCUGGGGAGAAUGUGGCAGCAAGUGCUCAGGCGGUUGUGGAAUUUGGAGCUGGAAGAGGGUACUUGACUCAGGUGCUGGUGGACUGUUAUGGGAUUAGGAACGUGUUCCUGGUUGAGAGACGGUCCUACAAGCUUAAGGCUGAUCGAAGCUUGCGUCAAAACGAAGGUGUUACCUUGAAGCGUUUGAGAAUUGAUAUUGAGGAUUUGAACCUGCAGGGAAUAGAGGCAUUGAGGGGACUUAAGUAUCUAGCAAUUGGAAAACAUCUCUGUGGACCCGCAACAGAUAUGACCAUGACUUGCUGUCUCCCUGAACAAUAUGACCAAACAGAAGAAAGGGUCCAUGGCAAACGAAAUCUUCACGGCCUUGCUCUAGCUACCUGCUGCCACCAUCUUUGUCAGUGGAAGCAUUACGCGAAUAAAUCUUUCCUCUCAGGACUAAGUAUUACAGAGGAAGAGUUCCAUGCCAUGACAUGGUUUAGCAGCUGGGCUGUGGAUGGUGAUCACAGCUCCCCAGAUUCCUAUGUGGAAGUUGAAGACACGUCUUCUGAAAUCAGAGAACCAGAGAAGCCUGAUCCGGAGAACAUCGGAAUUGAGAAGAUAAUCCGAAGUAUACCGACAGGGGAGAGGGCCUCUUUGGGAUUCAUGUGUAAAGACAUCAUUGAUACCGGGAGGCUGUUAUGGCUUAGACAUAAGGGUCUAGUUGCAGAUCUUGUAAGCUAUGUUCCAUCAAACAUUUCACCGGAGAACCGUCUACUAAUCGCAAAGUGUACAUCUUGAUUGGCUGAAUAGGAAGUGCGUGUGUUUCAGCCCCCCACGAAAAUGCAGGAACUUGAAUUGUAAAAUAUCGUUUCCACAAAUACAGAUUUUGAGAGUUUCGAACUCAUUCCAA